AGCGCCCUCUUUCCCUGUGUGUGUGUGUUGGGAUUCCUGGCUGCACUGUGUCUAUCUGUCUGUAUUGUACUGAAUAAUCCGUCCAACAACGAGACGGCAGCAAGCGGCUCGCCCAUCCGGAGCAGCGGAGCUUUUAAUCAGAACAAGGCGUUGGAGGAGGAGGAGUGCGGAGGCUCCUGGCUCGCUCACCCGCUCGGGUGUAGUCUCGUAGUCUGCGGGCCCCAGGAGAUGCUCUGUGGGCCCCUCACUCUGGAGCUGCCUGCCUGACACCAUGGGCUGCACCUCAGCCAAGCACGUGUCCACCGUGCCGAGUGAGGAGGAGGAGGAGGGGGGGGGGGGGCAGGACAAGGCCCACCAGAACGGGGACGCCUUCGGAGACCAGUACAAGCUGAAGGCAGUGGAGGAGGUGAAAUACAUGAGGAGUGGAGAUGAAGACGAAGUCACAGCACAGAACCAGGAGAACCUGGAAAAAAGUGCUUCUUUGAACCGGAGCAGAUCCCAGAAGGAUGGAUCUGGAGCAAAUUCACAGAGAGCCAAUAUCCACACAUCUGAGAGCCAACAAGAAUUCUUCCGAAUGCUGGAUGAAAAGAUUGAGAAGGGUCCAGACUACAGCUCUGAGGAGGAGAAGGACAUCACAUAGUGCUUUGGAGGGGACUGUGUGGGACGCUGUUAUAUAGAGACUGGCAGACAGGACCCCUUUUUAACCCCAGUGAGGGGAGGUGGAGUCGGACAGCUGGACCCUGCGCCCGCCCCCCUUGCUGUGGCUCUUUGCUGGCCACUCAGUUUUGAAUCUGCUCUAUGGGUGGUCCUGGCCCGGACCCCCGGCUCCAGGAAGGAACUCUUUGCUUCUAUCGCAAAAAAAACUAACCUCCCAGCCCACAGGUCACAGGUCACGCUUCCACCUUGGUGAGGUCACUCGGGGCGUGUCCCGUAGUCGUCAUGGAAACGCAGAUACUUGGCUUCACCCCUUCCGGUUUGCUGCUGGCUCCGUGCUCCACGGGGACUGGGAUUCCAUUUCUAUUAAAAUAAAUACUCUGCUGUUUUUAA